AUGUCAAAGGCGGCCGGAGGCGCAUCGGCGGCGGCUGCGGCGGCGGAAAGUUGUCCCCCAACCUCUGCCGGCCCGUCUGCGGCCACUGCCGUGGAGGACCUGUCCAAAGUGUCGGACGAGGAGCUGCUGCAGUGGAGCAAGGAGGAGCUGAUCCGCUGCCUGCGGCGCGCGGAGGCGGAGAAGGUGAGCGCGAUGCUGGAUCACAGCAACCUCAUCCGCGAGGUCAACCGCCGCCUGCAGCUGCACCUCGGCGAGAUCCGCGGGCUCAAGGAUAUUAACCAGAAACUCCAGGAGGACAACCAGGAACUGAGGGACCUCUGCUGUUUCCUGGAUGACGACAGGCAGAAAGGCAAGAGGGUGUCCCGGGAGUGGCAGAGACUGGGCCGCUACACGGCGGGGGUGAUGCACAAGGAAGUGGCCUUAUACCUGCAGAAGCUGAAGGAGCUGGAGGGGAAGCAGGAGGAGGUGGUGAAAGAGAACAUGGAGCUCAAGGAGCUCUGCGUGCUGUUGGACGAGGAGAAGGCCGCGGGCUGCGCGGGCAGCCGCUGCUCCAUCGACAGCCAGGCCAGCCUCUGCCAGCUCGCUGCCGCCACCACGGCGCCCUACGUGCGGGACGUGGGCGACGGCAGCAGCACUUCCAGCACAGGCAGCACCGACAGCCCGGACCACAAGCAUCACGCGAGCGGCGGCAGCCCGGAGCACUCCAAGCCCAGGGCCUCCGCGACCCCAGAUCACCCCAAAGCCCUCAAGGGACCCAGUCCCGAGCACCACAAACCCUUGUGCAAGGGCAGCCCCGAACAGCAAAGGCACCCGCACGCGGGGAGCAGCCCCGAAACGCUGCCCCAGCACGUGCUGAGCGGGAGUCCGGAGCACUUACAGAAGCCCAGGCCCGGGGGCAGCCCCGAGCACGCCAGGCACAGCGGAGGGAGCCCCGAGCACCUUCAGAAACACGCCCUCGGCGGGAGCCUGGAGCACCUACCCAGAGCCCGGGGCACCAGCCCGGAGCACCUCAAACAGCAUUACGGGGGGAGCCCCGAUCACAAACACGUGGGCGGAGGCGGCGGCGGAGGCGGCGGCGGUGGCGGCGGCGGCGGUGGCAGCAGGGAGGGCACCCUCCGAAGGCAGGCGCAAGAGGAUCUGUCACCCCAUCACCGGAAUGUCUACAGUGGCAUGAACGAAUCAACCUUGUCCUAUGUUAGGCAGCUGGAGGCAAGAGUAAGACAGCUGGAGGAGGAAAAUCGCAUGCUGCCCCAGGCUACCCAGAAUAGAAGGCAACCUCCAACUAGAAACAGCUCAAAUAUGGAGAAAGGCUGGGGGCCCAGAGCCCGGCGGGUCUUGCAGUGGUGGCAAGGGUGCCGAGGAAUAGGACGAUGCCUGCCCACUCUCCCGGGUUCUUUUAGGUUGUCAUCAGGGGCUGAUGGGAGUAACAGUUCACCCAACUCUCCAGCUAGCUUCAGUGGACAUACCACACCUUCUCAGCAGCCUGAACCCGUGGUACACUCUCUUAAGGUCUUGGAUGUUCAGGAAACUAUAGAUCGUCAACAGGGUAAAGAGUAUGAACAUGACCUUAGUGAGACAGAAAAAGCUAUAGUCAGAGAAAUGUGCAAUGUUGUAUGGAGGAAACUUGGAGAUGCUGCAGGUUCGUGUCCUGGAAUUAGGCAGCAUUUGUCUGGAAACCAGUACAAAGGACCCAUGUGAGGAGGACUCUCUUUCAAACAUGACAUCACCACUGCCAGAGAGACAGAAGAAAAGAGUGGAUUUCCACAAACCUGGACUCAUGGAAUAACAUGGAGUGAUUGUACAUUGCACAUAUUUUCCCUCUAAAAUCUUUAGCGUAACGAAGUUGUAUUUUGUCUCUCACUUCAGUGUUCACAACAGUCAAUCUCAAACAAGGUAGCUUUGAAAAUCACCAUUUUGGUACCAAUAUUUUCAUUAGAACUAAAAGUUUUUGACUCUUCAGAUCGAAGAUUGUAAUUGGGAAACCUGCAUGAUUGGAAGAGUCCAGUAGAGCCUCUUUGGUUUUGAUAGAAUUGAAUCAUUGCAUAUAAUGGUGGGAGUGUUCUACCAUAUUGUUCAAGAUAAGAGGUGGUUUCCAGCUUCCCAAGUUGGAGAGUUGGUCACCUAUUAUAUUUUAGUUAAUAAAAUACUAGUUCCUGAUGCAUAAUUGAUUUGAAUGCAAGAUAAGAUUAGGUUUCUGGGAUUUCGUUUUGACUUUUGAGGUGCUAAAAAUACCACAUAAAUUUUCCUUACCAGCUAGGAGGGUAGCAAGACUUUGUCAAGCGCUUCAGUUGAUCAAAGUAAAUAUAUCUUUUCUUUUCAUCUUAAUGUAUUGUUCAUGAAGACACAUCUUGGGAACAUAUCAACCUCCAUCUUCAGUGUAUUCAUUAAUGUUAAUAUUAACAGUUUCAAUUAAAGAACAAGCAAACAAUUUUUCUAAGUGUUUCCAGCUGUGAGAUGUCAAUUUCUACAAUUUAGUUUCUAGACAUGCUGUUAUAC